CUGAUAUGUGGAGUGGUAAUUUCACUAGCAGCACCCAGUUAUCACCAAGUUCAACUCAACAACUAAAUGUAACCUUUACUUUCGUCACUAACUCUGCUGCCAAUUGUAGCACAGGAUUGAGCCACACUGGAGUGUUUGUACUGAUUGAGUAUCGUCUAUUGUAUAGCCCAUGGAAGCUGCUCAAGAGAGUCAGUCUGGAUGAUACAGGUUCAGGUGGCUGCUUUAUAUCAAAUGACAAUGUAAACAUGAUCGUCAAUGACAUGGACCCUGAGUCGGUACAGCUGCGGAUCGUUCAGCCAGAACACAGUGGUGGUCUCUGCAACUGCUGGGGAGUUAAGGACUUCAGUCUCAAUGGAAUGCCUCUGCACAGUGAAGCAGCUUGUGACUCAGUACAGUACACAAGCGUAACAAACGACAGCUGCUCUGUACAGUUCUGUGGUGGCAGUGCCAGUGUGCCGAGAGGAGUGGUCUUUCCUCCAGUGAUUCUGAGCUCUGGGACAGUACUAAACUGCUCUGAUGUUAUAAAUGGGUCUGCAGUCACCAAUGACAAAGGACCACCCCCCACCACGUGUUCUGAUAAUGAACCAAAAAUAAAUCUAUCGUUUGAGUUGAAUCUACUACCGGGUAAUUGUGAGUCUGAUAAGUUCUUUGAUGAGGGUGUAGAGGUUUCCGUUGGCAACUGGGAAAAUGAUGGCCAGUGGAUUCCACUGAAAUUCUUUGCAUCAUCAUUAAUGAGACCCCCUGCACAUCGAAAAUUAAAUAUUGAUAUUGAUCCUCAAAAUAUUGAUAUUAGUCCUUUUGCCCAGAAGUCAAUUAACAUUCGUGGCUACACUGUUCCAAUCGUCAUGCAGAACAACACUAAUCCUUUGUACGUGAACUUUUCGGUGUGUGGAAAUAAUAUAGUUCGGAGUGGUGUUCAGUUUCGAUGGCUUCAAACUGCAUCAGUGUUUGUUACAAGUGUGUACGGCAACGACAUAAGGGAUGUUUGGACCAUGAAUAGUGUGUCUACCUCCAACCCCAUCUGUGUAUCCAAGAACACCGUGCAGGGGAGAGUAUAUUGGAGCAGUGAUUUCAGAAAUAGUGAAUUUUCAGAUGUGUGCUCAAUGGGCACUAAUGAACUUGUUUUUGGUGCCACUUGUGUGACGAAUGAUUGCUUUAUGAGGCAAGAAAUCACAGCCAGUCGAAUAGCAACCACUGUCCCUCUGAAUGUCUCUAUGGCCCCACCCCUGGCAUCCAGUAAAGCUGUUCAGCUCUGCCCUACAGAGGAUCGCUUUAAUGUACAGGUAAUAGCUGACUAUGAGGCAACUGCCCGGGAGGAACUGGCAACUGUAUACACUUUAGUGAGGAAUAACAUCGAGACUAGCUCCACUUUCCAGAUAAUUUCCAACCUAACACCUGCACAAGCUGCUAGAGCCCUGAGGAAGUUUGUGACGCAGAACCCACAAUUCAACGAGACAGUCGUCGUUUACCUUCUGAGUGAUAUAGUCAUACGUGUUGAGAACAGUGAUGAUAUCAUUGAUGAUAUUCGUGGCUGUAGUGAUGAUUUGCUGGAAGUGGCCACAACAGUGAUUGCAAGUACUAUCACCAGAGAAGAAUCCAACACUAUUGCUGGCAGUACCCUGCUAGACACUGUCGAGAGGAUAGCCUUCAACGUACUCACUGCAGAUGUCAUGAUUCCCUCAAAAGAACAAACUGAAGUCGUUAAUUUUGAGACCCAAGUGGACAGUGACGAUACAUCUUUGACUGGUAUUGAUGUGAGGGGUAACUCUAUUCGAGUGCCCACUGAGUUAGUGAGAAUGGUAGCUACCGGUACAACUGGACCAAUCACUGUGGCCUCAGUUUACUACAGGAACAUGAGUGGGCUGUUGCCCGGGACUCUGCCGGGAGAGAGGGACACUGAUCUAGCAUCUCCAGUGGUCUCCACCAGUCUGCAGUGCGGGGAUAAGAUCUGUGACACAGCCAACAUUCAACUCAGUCAGCCAGUCAUUGUGACACUGAAACACAGUCAACGUGCAAAAGAUCGUAUUGAAAAUGACACUACCAGUGAAGUGACUUGUGUAUUCUGGCAGUUCAUCAGAGAAAGUGGCAAUCCUCUGGCUCAUGGACGAUGGGACACUGAAGGUUGUGUGAAAAAUGGCAACCUUUCCAGCUCCACACAAACCGUGUGUGAGUGUACACAUCUCACCAACUUUGCCAUUCUCCUCAGUGCACGGCCACUCAUCCAACCCUCUGGUGUGGCCCUGUCUCUUUCAAUCAUUGGCUACAUUGGAGUGUCUCUAUCUGUGAUUGCCAUGCUGGCCACUAUUAUGGCCUUGGUCUUUCUUAGGACCUUGUGGAACAUGCGUAACUACAUCCACAUCAACCUGUGUGUGAGUCUGAUUCUGGCACAGCUGACCUUUGUGAUUGGGGUGACCCCUCACGGAGGAGAGGGUGUGGUGGAUCCUGGUUGUCAGACAGCAGCAGUUCUCAUGCACUACUUGUUCCUGGUGUCCUUCAUGUGGAUGCUCAUGGAGGGCGUGGUCUUGUAUCUGGUCCUUGUCAAAGUCUUCGUAAAAGAACAUGAACGGAAAUACAUUUUUAACUUCACCAUUGUCAGCUAUGGUGCCCCUGUACUGUACAUGGCCCUCUGUAUUCCGUUGGGCUUUGCUCUAUCUGGCCUGGAGGAUAGCUAUGGCUAUCAGCUGAUCAACAGCAAUACAACCACCAUAGUCUGCUGGUUGAACCCCAUCACUAACUUUAUUCUGACAUUCAUUGUACCAGUGGUGGUGAUUCUCUUGGUGAAUGUUUGCUUUUUUAUCAUGGCAAUAGUUAUCAUGUGUAGACACCAAACGAGGCAAGGAAAGUCACAGGAAAUAAGUUCUUGGUUGAAGUCAUCUGUGUCACUGGUCACUGUCAUGGGACUGACAUGGAUAACUGGUCUUUUGGUGUUCGAUGUCCCUGCUCUACUCCCAGUGUCGUACAUCUUCACGAUCUUCGCUUCAUUCCAAGGAGUGGCCAUUUUCAUACUUUUUGUGCCUCUCUCUCUGCCAGUGAGGGAUGCGUACUUCAAAUGGUGGAAGGAAAAGUUGGCAAAGCAUCGAUAUCAAUUUCAUUUUAAAAGCACCAAGAGUGCCGCUCUCAGCAGUGUCAACACCAAUGUUACCUCUCCACCUUUGGAUAGUUCGUUGAAACUGGAGUCUAAUAAUAUUAUAUUCAACUCGACCAUGGAAAGAGAGUCAGGGACUCUGGCUGGCCUGAUUACAUGGAGAGUUGUGACUACCAGUCCCACUCACCAUACCCUGGGUCUAUCUCUAUGGGUCGUUGUUGGCAAGGCCAAAGUAGAGUGGAAGUUUCAGCACCCAAAGCUACAGUUAGCGCUGCUUCUGGAAGCUGCAUCGAAGUAGAAUGUGAAACAGCACGGGUUAGGGCUUCCCCUUCAAAAUUAUCUUCUAAACACUACGUAUAUUCGGUAAAGGUAGUGAACCCAGUACGCAAGUCCGAAUACACUGUCAGAAAGCUUAGUGCUUAUGAUCGUUUCUCCUCAUUUGAUGAACUAACAGAGCAGUUGCAAAAGUGUUUGGACAAAAUAUCACCCAGCCAAAUAGGCUACAUUGAGCCAGGGCAUGGAUUAAAGGGGAAGCAGAGGUGGCUGUAUACAGAUGAAGAUGUAGAUACCAUGUAUGACAUUUACAAGAGAAAGACUGAGAUUCUGCUCUGGUGCUUUUCUGAGAACCCUGAAGGAUCUGAGAUCACUACAUGCAGUAGUAAAUCAAAAAAAGCAGAGACAAGUUCCAAAUCUAAGAAGGAAGCAAUUGAGUGCAUCGUGAAGAAACUUCAAGAUAAGCAUGGCAACCAAUAUUCAGUAGAAAAGUGUAAUGCUUGGGCACAUUUGAUUCAUGUGGGAAAACACGAUUCACACAAUGAUCCUCCAGAUUUACCAUACUUCCGAGGAACAAAGAAACGAAAAUUGCAGACUCCUAGUGAAGGACGCGAGAAUUCUCCACCUUCACCUCAAGCUGCCUCUAAGUCUUCACCAUCAAUUAUUACUUCUCCUAGUAAAAGGGUUGGCCUCCGGAGUCAGUGCAUUGAGCAGUUAGUUAAAUGGCACUCACUGCUUGAGAAAGGUGCCAUUUCUCAACUGCAGUAUGAUGAAAUGCAAAAGGCAAUCAUGGAGGAAAUUAAAUCCAACUAUUGACUGUUUGUAACAUUGCUAAAUUCGAGACUUAAAGAAUCAGGAACCUUCAAAUCAAGUAUUGUGUAUGAAUGACAUUGUGUAACUAUAUUAUAUGAAUGGAAUGCACAAAUUAUUUUGAGUAACCGCUGUGUCGAAUCCAAGCAGUACAAUGUUCACUGGUGAUACUAUCAAAAGCUGAGUGUAUUAUAUCAGUUGGGUUGGUGACAAUUUGCAGUAGGUUAUCAUGUUUUCUUAAGUAGUUUUUUACAAAACUAAACAUUUCUUCUGCCGGAUUGAGACCAGGACUAUACGGUGGAAGAAAUAGUAAAAGUAUGCCCAUUUGUCUGAAUAGAUCUGUGAUAUCUUGAGUGUGGUGCACAGACAAAUUGUCCAUUAUAACAAUUGAACAAGGAUUAGAUCCGUUGAAUGGUAGCAUGUUCGGUAUGAGGGAUCGUCUUGCAUCACUUCCGCAUCAACAUUAGACUUAGUAACUUCAACAGCUACUACACCAUCAGUGCUCAUGCCAGCAAUAGCAUUAACUCUUUGCCCACGACUCAACAGACGUUUAUUCUGUGGUGCUAAUCCUCUUAUUGCAUAUCCAUACUUUCUGAUAUGAUCUCUGGCAUCUGAACCCGUUUCAUCAAUAAAUACAAACUGGUCUGGAUUAAAUAGUAAACACUGAGCCAUAAAUGCUCCACGGAGUGUAUAGCACCUUUGGAGAGCUACUUGUUGAAUCUUCUUUCGAGUGAUUCCAUAUCUUCUAAGUAGCCGACAAAUAGUUGGGGGAGUCACCACAACCCCCAUUGCUUCCUCCAAUUCGUGGCACACCCUCAGAGAGAUACAUGGAUGGAUCCUCGAGCACCAUCCCAACUGUAUAUAUUUCUUCAUGUACACUUAGCUUUCUCAGCUCUCUCCUUUGUUCGCUCAGUACAGGGUCUACUUUUCCUGUUUGCUGAAACCUCGUAAAUAUAGUAUGCUGUGCUUGCUGCAAUAUUUAAGUUAGUAGCUAUCUUGUCAUAGGUAAGAUUCAUACCAAUUCUUUGAUAGACUACUCUCCAGCGUAGAUCUAUGCCAUAGGCUUUCUUUCUUCCCGGUUCAGCUGACAUUUUGAUCUGUAGUAUUACAUUUGAAUUUCCCGCGGUUUUCCUCUUGUAAGCGCAACACGCGUUACGGAAGUCCGUACGUCAACGCAAAUUCGAACGCAACUGAAAUCCACUGUAUCUAAUCAGACUACUCGGUUUAUUCACUGUUCCACAAUUACUGUUACUAAUUUCAUUUCAUUUGAUAAAUAAACUUAAAUUACCACAUCGUGCACUGUACUGUACAACAAAUACACAAAUUGCUUGCUCGCCCCAAACAUGCUCUGCAUGCUCCUAGUUAUAAGUUAAGUUAAUGAUCUUUACAAGCAGACUGACACAAGUACAUGGAUAAUUGGUGAGGACAAUAGAAAUUACUAAUAUGGCUAUAAUCAUGCACACAAACAUAUCUAACGCAGGUGUUCUGGUGUUUGAAGCCCCUAAACUUGGCGUACAUAUUCACCUAUACUGUUUAUUUUUUGUGCCCCUUUAUUAAUUUCAAAAUGCUGUUUUGACAUCCUAAGAACGGCCCAGGGUGUCAGCGUCUGGAAAUCAAGGUGUGUCAAUUAACUGCAUGUUUUGCAUACCUAUAGUAUUAUAAAUAUAGCCGUUGUAUUUGUGCAUGUCUUCUGUAUAUGUGUCUUCAAAUCUACAAUGAGUUGAAUUGCUAAUGCACCUUAAUUGCAGUAUUAGUAAAACCAGUAGGUUUUACAUAGGAUUGGCAGUGGGUUUGCCCGUGUUUAGCAAUAUUUCAAUUAUUUUGACUCAUGUUCAAACUGUUCUAUCUCUGCAGGGAAAGGCCACAUCAAGGAACUGGCUAGACAGAUAGUUUAUUUAGCCUUUUCUCUCUUUGUAUCUCUCAUUUCAUAAUCCAUGAACAUUUUGAUGAAUGAA